CUUAAGUUAAUAUAAAGCAGAAAAAGUUGCCCAGGGUCCGAGUUGUUAGCCAAUCAGAUUGCGCGAUUGUCACACACCUUUAAAUCUAUAACGAAGAGAAAAACAGGACGGUCAUAGAAUUUAAGACAAGCAUGGCCCAAGUUCUAAAUGAAAGACCAGGAAAUUUAAUGAAUGGCACAGAAGUUCCAAGUUCCAAAAAGAUGCUGAAUGGAAUUAAGAUGCCCCACCCUAGGGACAGUUUGGAGAAGAUUGCCGCCGACCAGGGACUUAAAUUAACGGACAGGAAGUUCGCGGAGUACAUGGACAGUAUUGACUCAUUGAGGCACCUUAGGGAGGACUUUUGUUAUCCAAAGAUGAAGGACUUACCAAAGACCGAUUUAAGCCUUGUGGACCCAGAGGAAGACUGUGUAUAUUUCUGUGGAAAUUCCCUCGGACUCUGUCCAAAAAAGUUCCGAGAAUACACACUUGUCGAGGUUAACAAGUGGGAAAAAAGGGGAGUUGAGGGUCAUACCUCGGGAGACCUACCCUGGGCAGUCUGUGAUGAGUUCUUCUGUGAAGACAUGGGGAAAAUUGUGGGAGCUAAGAAAGAGGAAAUUGCUGUUAUGAAUGGACUGACAGUUAACCUCCACUUACAACUGAUUUCAUUUUAUCGGCCAACACCUACAAGAUACAAAAUCCUGAUAGAAAGCAAAGCUUUUCCUUCAGAUCAUUAUGCUGUAGAGAGUCAGAUAGAACUCCAUGGAUAUGACCCCAAAACAGCCAUGAUAUUGAUGGAACCAAGAGAGGGGGAAUUACUUAUUCAUACAGAGGAUAUUCUGUCUAAGAUUGAGGAGGAAGGGGACUCCAUUGCAGUGAUUUGUCUCAGCGGUACACAGUACUACACGGGACAGGUGUUUGAUAUCCCCACUAUCACCAAAGCAGGACAACAAAAGGGUUGUUAUGUUGGAUGGGAUCUUGCACAUGCAGCUGGAAAUGUGGAGCUGAAACUGCAUGACUGGGGUGUAGAUUUUGCUUCUUGGUGCACUUACAAAUACCUAAACAGUGGAGCUGGGAGUCUGGCUGGAUUUUUCCUUCAUGAGAAACACAAGGACAAUGAUUUCCCCAAACUCAAAGGAUGGUGGGGGCACAAUUUACAGUCCAGAUUUCUGAUGGACAACAACUGGAGCCCAUACUCUGGAGCCCUACAGUACAGACUCUCAAACACUCCGGGAUUUCUGGCUCCAUCAAUCAAAGCCAGUUUAGAAGUUUUCAACAAGACCAGCAUGCAGGAGCUUCGAGCCAAAUCCUUACUUUUAACUGGUUACCUGGAGACCCUGAUAAAUCUGAAGUACGGACAACAGAAUGGGGAACACAAUGGGGUACAGAAUGGGGCACACAAUGGGGGACUGCUACAGAACGGUCAGAAUGGGACACACAAUGGGAAUGGUCAGGAUGUAGAAGACUGGAAACAUGUCCACGUAGACAUUAUUACCCCUUCAGACCCCUCCCAGAGGGGGGCACAGCUCUCCCUGUCCUUCUCUAUACCGGUAGUACAUGUGUUUGAGGAACUCACCAAAAGAGGAGUUGUGUGCGACGAGAGAAAACCUCAUGUGAUCCGUAUUGCCCCGGCACCACUUUACUGCUCCUUCCUGGACGUAUACAGAGGCAUGAAAUACCUGGAUGAGUCCAUUCAAGCUGCUGCCAAAUAUAGCUGAUCAUGUGACUAGAACAAAUGAAAUCUUGUCAAAACAUCAAAGUGUUAUAUGAUAAAAACACAGUUUUUUUUUAAAAUGAUUCCAAAACAUUUGCCAAUGCAUUAUUCAUUUUAAAACAUUUAUAUACAGACAUCUUCAAGGAACAUAAGAUCAAAAUUUUAUGAUACUCAAGCUAAUCUCUCACUCUUAUUUUUCAACAUUUCUGUAUACCCCUACUUUCAAAUUAUGGUACAGAAUAUCUCAUAUUAUUGUUUUUUGUUUAAUAAUAAUUAGUAUUAUUGGUAUGGUUCACAUGUGAUAUUUUAAUUAUAUAAAUGAUUAUUUGUGUGAAAUUGUACUUGUAAAGAUUAGGCCUUAUGUGAAAUAUUAUUAAUUUGGUUAUAUAUGUAUGCUUUAAUAUCAAUGUAUUGCAUGUUAAAUAUUAACAAAUCACAGCUGAUUUGAUCAAAAAACAACUCCAAGAUCUAUUUAACUUUCAUAUAAAUUAUCAUACAUGUACAUGUAGGUCAAAAGUCAACAGGUGUGAUGAUAACAUAACAAACUAUCAUAUGACAUAAUAAAUCAACAUAUGACAAAAAAUUGACAUAUGACAAGAAAAGAUUAACAAAUUACAUAAGCCUCAUUGCUUGAAUUAGCUGAAUAGCUUGUAAAUUAGAAAAAACAUAAAAGGUUUAUCAGAUGAACUUCAAUCUGACAGGCAUUAAUUGAUAGAAACUCUGGCAUCCUGUACACAAAGGCCUUCUCCAACAUGCAGUUUCUAUCAGGAAGACAUUUUGAUUUUGAAAUGGUUCUCUGAUGGGAGAAUGUUUCCAUGAUAUAAUUUAUCCAAAAAGAAACUUUCCUACUCAUUCACAAAUGGUUUGAAUUUUAAGUAUUUAUUAACUUCUGGAUUGUCUUUGAAAAAUGGAUGAUUGAAAAAUCACACAUUGAGGAAAAACUUUGAGUUCUUGGAGAUUCAAUUUUGUGGAUGAAUAAUUGUUGAGUAGUUAUGUAUAUGAUAUUUUAAUCUCUUGGUGCACUAGAACAUGUAGAUCUCAUCAUGCCUCAAAAACAACAAAAAAAUAAUCCCCCCUCACAAAAUAGGCGAUUUCACAGUAUUUUAUUGUUAAGGAUUUACACACUUUACCUCAUUUGCAAAUGAUAGAGAAUAUUUGAUGGUUGAGUUGUCUCUGUCUACAAGUGCUUUCCAUGUAAUAUGAUUGUUUUAUGAUUUCCUGUUUUAUUACUGUUAUUGUUUUGUAUAUGAUUUGAUUUUACUUUUUUAUUUUUUGUUAAUUUACUUUAUGUCAUCAGUAUUCUUGUGCCAGCAUAAUGAAAUACAAAUCCUUCACAUUUUAAUAGUACAUAUUUACAUGUAUUAUUCAGUUCUUCUUGAGAAUAUCCAUUGUAUAAGUAUUGUUAAAUGUUGUGAUUUUUUUUUUAUUUCUGUGAAAGUGCUUUAACAAUGUGCUUAUGCUUUCUAAAAGUUGAAUGUUUGCCAUUGAAGCAAUUUAUCCUCAUACCAAUAAAUAGCCACAAUCAAUGUUUGAAGGUAUAUUUAUACCAUAUUAGCCAGGAAUUUUUAUUUACAUGCAUGCACACAUAUAUAUUUGUCUGUUUUUGGUCUUUGGUCUUACUUAUCUGUGAUUUGGUGAAGACAGUAACAUUAUUAUUACAAAGCUUUUAGGGCUGGGUAUUGGCCCGAGAUUUCGUAUUGCGAUAUAUUGCGAUAUUUUAAACAGUAUUGCGAUAUGUAUUGCAAUAUUUUUAAUUGUAAUUAAAAUGGGAUUUUCUUACUAUAUUAACUUAUUUACAUGCAGAAUGUACAUAACUAUGAUAAGUGACCAACACGGAAAAAAAAUCUUGUUGAUUUCAUUUAAGUUAUGCUCUGAAAUGCUCCCUCAAAACAACUUCUGUCUUACUAUUUGGCUUAAUAACAAACUUUAUAUUUAAUGACAAAAUUCCUUAAUCUAAGCAUAUUGCCAAUAUAUCAAUAUUACAAAAUCAUAUUGCGAUACAAUAUUUUUUGUCAUUGUAUUGCAAUAUAUUGAAAUAUCGAUAUUUUUGCCCAGCCCUAAAAGCUUUAUAAACUUUCAAAUGUGGUCAAAGAUUGUUUUUCAGUAUGCAUUUAAAUUAUCUGUAAAUGAGUAUCAUGUACCAAAAAUAUCCAUGAAAUAAAAUUUUAAUAUUUAUGAA